ACGACGAGCAGGAGGAGGAGGAGGAGCGGGACUGAGGAGGAGGAGCGGGACUGAGGAGGCCGCGGCCCCGGUGGCGCUUCGGGCUCCCGGCCCCGCCAUGGUGAGCGCCCCGGAGCUGCUGGCGCUGCUGUCGGCGCUGUCGGCCGCCGCGUCGGGCUACUUCGUCAGCAUCGACGCGCACGCGGAGGAGUGCUUCUUCGAGCGGGUCACCUCCGGCACCAAGAUGGGGCUCAUCUUCGAGGUGGCGGAGGGCGGCUUCCUCGACAUCGACGUGGAGAUUACAGGACCUGAUAAUAAAGGAAUUUACAAAGGAGACCGGGAGUCCAGUGGGAAAUACACAUUUGCUGCUCAUAUGGAUGGAACUUACAAGUUUUGUUUUAGCAACAGAAUGUCCACUAUGACUCCAAAGAUAGUGAUGUUCACUAUUGAUAUUGGAGAAGCUCCGAAGGGCCAAGAUAUGGAAACAGAAGGUGGUGGAGAUACCUGGGAUGCGCACCAGAACAAACUAGAAGAGAUGAUUAACGAGCUAGCUGUGGCCAUGACAGCUGUGAAGCAUGAACAGGAGUACAUGGAAGUUCGUGAGCGAAUACACAGAGCAAUCAAUGACAACACAAACAGCAGAGUGGUCCUCUGGUCGUUUUUUGAAGCUCUUGUACUAGUUGCCAUGACAUUGGGACAGAUCUACUACCUGAAGAGAUUUUUUGAAGUCCGGCGGGUGGUUUAAAGGCUUUUCCUGAUGAUCCCAAACACAAAAUUCACUGUUUACCAAACAACUUGGUCACAACAAUGUCACUUAGUUUCUAAGUUUUUGUUUUCUGACCUAUGUAUACUCAUUGUUAAUAUUUCUUCUUGAUAAAUAUGUUUUUUGGGAAAAAAAGAUAAAACCUUCUGUAGCAAGGACUGCCCUAAAAACAUUUGACAUUUGAUUGGAAUUUUGUCAUUUUAAAUCUGCCUCCACCAUACAGGUCCUUCUAGAGCUCAAAUGCUGUAAGUGGAAUGUAGUAACAUAGUAACUUUUAUGCCUCGAUUUUUCUCUUUCCUGUUCUCAUAAUCCAAUGCAAUUCCUUGAAGAAAACAGCACAAGGCCUGAUGGUACUUUACUAAAAUUGCUGUAUAUGUUCUCUGGAUCUCUAACCCUGCUGUACAGGUUGUAAAAAUAUUCCAUUUGGCUGGUGGUUUUGAGGUUGGGCUCCCCCCCCCUUCAGGACACAAAUGAAACUUAAAUUCUGCCCCUCGAAUAAUGGGCAGGAGGCACUUGACUUUUCAGUAUGAUACUGUAACCGGGUGCUUGUGUUCCCACUUCUUGUUUUAAUUUAAAAAAAACCCCCAAAAAUAAAACAAAUACCCAACAGACUACUCCCCCAACAAGAUUUAAGUGUUCAUUACAUUGGAUCCUGGGGCUUUCUAAGUAUGUGCCGAAUCAAUGAACUUUCUGCCUGGUGGAGCAGGCCGGUAACCCACGCGGUUUUGGUUUUCGCUUCAUUUGGCGUAACAGUGUACGUUAAAGCCAGUUGCGUGCAACAUGAUGGCUCAGCAGACGAUGGCUAUCAAAUUCCUCUGCGCUGGCAUGCCCAGCGUUUGCCCCCUCUUGCCUCCCAACCCCACCUCCACCUCCCCCACCGCCCCCCAAAAUCGUUGGCACUUCCAAAGUGUAAUUGGGGAAAGCUGGAUUCCUGAUGCCAAAGGGUUAAAGGCUCUCGAGUGUUAUCGCAAUGUUAUACAGCCACUAUUUUAUUUUUAGUAAUGGCAUUUUGGGCCAUUGUCUAGAGGGUACUGAGUGUCAUUCUCAGUGCUAGUUGUUUUUUGGUUUUGUUGUUGUUUUUUUUUUUUCUUCUCGUUUUAGACACGUGAACUUCCUUUCUUAUGAAACAACUUUCUGCUCUUGGUCUGGGAUGUUGGGUUUAAAAUUUGAAAAGCAUCUGUUUAUGGUGAGGGGCUGAUUCAGGAUUAUGUUGUGACUGAUAUAUAUGAGUUACUUGUACUUUUUUUGAUCUUUUCAAGGGGGGAAAACUACAAGUAACGAGUUUUGUACUAUUAAUUUAAAAUUUGUUACAGGUUUUCAUGUUGGGAGUAAAAUUUUUUCAACCUUAGGCAGAUUCUGGCAACAGUUGACCAGUAAGGUGAGUGUUUCACCUUAGGGCAGCUGUUACUCACCAACUCUUUUGUGUGAAACACUUCAAAAUUUGAUUCGAAGAUGUAAAUUAAAAUCGGUUGUCUAAAUAUGACCCAGGUUCGGUAAAUAAACAAUUCUUUAAUAAAAAGAA